AUAUUUUGUCAAUGGAGUUGCUUUCGCUUUCAAUUUCAAAUCUAGGAUGUUAUAGGCUUUUUAUAUGGACACUAAUUCUGAUGCACUUAUGCUUGCAAGAUGGGCUGAGCAUCCAAGAAGUAAAUGCAACCAGCAUUAAAAAAGUUCAUCUCAUCUUCAUGAACCAUUUGGAUGUUGGUUUUGCGGAUGGAUAUUCUCAUAAGCUUGGUUUUGUGAACAAUGUUUUGAACAAGUACUUCUCGGAGUUCUUUCCCCGAGCUGCUGACAUUUCACAGGAGCUGCGUAAAGGGCAGUACGUGGAAACGAUGGUGUACACCACCCACCCCUGGCUUGUCAGUCUCUACAUCAACUGUCCACCAAACCUAACACUUGCUGGAAUUAAAUUAAAGUGUCCAAAGAGGACAGAGGUUAAGAGGUUUGAGGCAGCAGUCCACCGCGGUGACAUCACAUGGCAUGCUGGACCAAUGAACAUGCAGUUUGAGAUGAUUGACACGUCCCUUGUGGAGAUGGCUAUUCAGCUUGGACUCGACCUUGAUAAACAUUUUGGAAUUCAGAGAUCUUACCGCACUCUUAGUCAGAGGGAUGUUCCAGGUAUGUCUCAAGCACUGCUGCCGGUGUUUGCCAAACUCGGAGUGGCAGCUGUGUCUGUUGGUGUCAAUGGUGCGACGGCUCCUCCAGCCGUGCCAAAAAUAUUUCACUGGAAAUUCCAGAACGUCAGUCUUAUUGGAAUGUGGACACCUUGGGGUUAUCCCAAUAACCCAGGCUCAGACCCGGCCCACCCAGAGGGACUGUCUAAAGAAAACUGUAUUACUUUCCCUGGUUUAACUCAUGCCCUUUGUUUUGCAUUCCGGACCGACAACACUGGACCCCCAGAGAGUGUUCAGGAAGUUCUGUCAUACUAUGAGAUUCUUCGAGUCCAGUUCCCAAAUGCGAAACUGGAAGCGUCAACUUUUGAAAAAUUUGUUGCUGCUGCACAAGCAGUUAAAUCUCAGUUGCCAGUGGUUACCACAGAAAUCGGAGAUACAUGGAUACAGGGUGCAGGCUCUGACCCACGUAAGGUUGCCGCGAUGAGGGCGUUUUUCAGGGCACGGUCAGCCUGUUUGAAGACAGGUUCUUGCAAUAUGGCUGACCCUGCCUUCUACAAUGCCAGUAGAUUCCUUCUGAAGCUAGGAGAACACACAUGUGGACUGAGUAAUGUGUAUGACACUGUGAACUACACCAACGACAAGUUCCGACCCCUGCUCAGAAAGAAAGCAAAGAAUCUAAUGGCAGCUGUUUCUUCUUGGAUUGAACAACGAGAGUUCCUUUCUCUUGCUCUGGAUGCUCUGGGUGAUCUCCCUUUGGCAAAAGAGGUACAGCAAGCAUGGAAAGAACUGGAAGCCUCACCUCCAGAUUUGUCAGAUUAUCAGUUAGUUACUAAUCCAAGAAGUAUCCAGUCAUGUUCAUCAGGAUUUUUGUUUGGUUUUUCUCGUGAUGGCUCAAUCAACACACUCAAGGAUCCCAUCACUGGGAUUAACUGGGCAUCUAAAAACAACAAAUUAGGACAGUUUGUUUAUCAGACGUACAAUCAGACAGACUUUGACACGUUUUUCAAAGAGUAUCAAACAGGAGCAUUCUUUCUUGGGAUUGGAAAACCAAACAUGACAAAUAAUUCUGUCGCUGAAAGCAAAAUUUGGGAAACAUCUCUAGUUGAACUGUACAAGGCAAAAGGUGAUAAAUGCAGUUUUCAGGUUUAUUUAAAAAUGACCGAUACAGUUACAAAUAAAUACUAUGGUGCUCCUCUCGAUGUCUGGGUAACUUACACUACUACUGAAAAACAAAGGCCACCUGGUCUGUCUGUGACUCUUCAGUGGUUUAACAAAUAUCCAACUCGACUACCAGAAGCGUUACUGUUUGUUUUUCAACCUGUCAUACAAGACGGUUACCACUGGCAACUGCAUAAAUUAGGUCAGCUGAUUAAUCCUCUGAAUGUGGUACUGAAUGGCAGUCAAAGACAGCAUGCUGUUGACAAGGGUGUUUAUUACAAGAAGAAGGAUAACUCUCAGGGUCUGGAGAUCCUCUCACUAGAUGCCGCUGUGGUUACCUUGACGACAUCCAGGGAUGGCAUCUCAACAAUACCACUUCCGCUAACACCAAUAGCUGAUGUGACAGGGGCCGCGUUUCAACUGUACAACAAUAUAUGGGAUGUUAAUUUUAUAUUCUGGUAUCCAUACCUAGCUCAAGAUUCCAAUCAAAAAUUUAGAUUUCAGAUUAACUUUUUAAAUUAUAGUAAAUGAUUUUUAAAUUAAUGUGGGACACCUGUAGCGCCAAUCUUGCAUAGUUAGAAUAAAUAAAUUAUGAAAUUUUUAAUUUUUUUUAUUUAUUUCGGUCCGUGCUAUAUGAAGUGUUACAUUAUAGAUUAGAAUAUAGAAUUUGCAUUCAGAAAUAAAUACUUUCUGUAAAAGAUGCAUGUUAUAACAUAUCCAUUCAGGUCACAGUGUCAGUAUCGUUUCAAAUCUGCCUGAUCAGUAAGAUUUAAUAUACAAUUAGUGGUCUAUUUUGUACAUGCAUGUACUUUUCAUCUGUAGCUAUAUCAUUUAUAUAAUGACAGACAAAAAAGAUUUUUAGAAAUGCUGUUGGUUGCUAUAAUUUAUUUGUAGUUAUGCUAGUGUUUGGCAGGUAGAAUAUAAAUACCAUAUACAUAAAAAGUUGAGGGAGGGUCAAAAGGCACUGGUGCACCCAACUUUCAAACUGAGGUGGUCAGAUUGUGUGUUGCUCCCCACUCCCUUACUGAAAGGUGAAUUAAAAUAACUGGCCCAUCAUGUUGCUUCAUUCAUUCAUUUCAACUUAUUUUCGUGCUUAUAUCCAAUUAAGGUUCAAGCACGCUGUCCUGGGCACACACACCUCAGCUAUCUGGGCUGUCUGUUCAGGACAGUGGGUUAGUUAUUAGUUGG